GUUAUAUAGACCAGCUUGGGUUACAGGAGUUCACCAGCAACCUCCCUUUUUUUCUCUACUUGUAAUAAACCAAUCAUGGGUUCUUUAGGAGCCCAGAGACCUCAUGUGGUAUGCAUCCCAUACCCAGCCCAAGGCCACAUCAACCCCAUCCAACAACUAGCCAAACUCCUCCAUUUUAGAGGCUUUUACAUCACCUUUGUCAACACCGAGUUCAACCACCAACGCCUCGUGAGGUCUAGAGGCCCGGAUUCUGUCAAGGGCUUUGAUGAUUUCCGAUUCGUAGCUAUACCCGAUGGCCUACCAAUGCUCGAUCAAGACCACACACAAGACAUCCCAGCCCUAUGCGCUUCCAUUAGGAAGAACUGCCACCCUCCAUUCCUCAAUCUCUUGAAGAAGAUCAACACCACGCUGAGCAUGCCCCCGGUCACCUGCAUCAUCUCUGAUGGCGUCAUGAGCUUUACUCUACAGGCGGCUGAAGAGCUGGGCAUCCCGGAGUAUGUUUUCUUUACACCGAGUGCGUGCGGUUUAAUGGGCUACCUUCAUUGCAACGAGCUCAUUGAAAGAGGCUAUAUACCAUUGAAAGAUGAGAGUUACUUAAAUAACGGAUAUCUCGACACUCGAAUCAAUUGGAUUCCAGGGAUGAGAGAUAUUACACUAAGGGAAUUGCCGAGUUUCAUUAGAACGACAAAUCGCGAUGAUAUCAUGCUAAAUUAUGACUUAGAAAAUGUGACGAAUGCAACUAGGGCUAAGGGUGUAAUCCUCAACACGUUUGAGGAUUUGGAAGGCGGCGUUCUUGAUGCGAUAAGAUCCAAGUUCUCAUUUCAGACCUACACUAUAGGUCCUUUGGUGCUACUUAGUCACCAGAUAUCCGAAAGCCCAUCCAAAUCGAUCGGAUUGAAUUUGUGGAAAGUGGAUACUAGUUGUAUAGAAUGGCUGGACACGAAGGAGCCAAGAUCAGUCCUUUAUGUGAAUUUUGGGAGCAUUGUGGUGAUGACAGCCUACCAGAUGAGGGAGUUCGCUUGGGGGCUUGCGAAUAGCAAGCAUCCCUUCUUGUGGGUCAUUCGGCCAGAUCUUGUGAUGGGUGAAUUGGCAAUUUUGCCAGAGGACUUCAUUGAGGAGACGAAAGGGAGGUGUCUGCUGGCAGGAUGGUGUGCUCAAGAGCAAGUUCUUGCACACCCUUCUGUGGGAGGGUUCCUAACUCAUUGUGGUUGGAAUUCAACUAUUGAAAGCAUAUGCAGUGGGGUGCCUAUGAUAUGCUGGCCAUUCCUUGCUGAGCAACAGACGAAUUGCCGGUUCACCUGCACCGAGUGGAGGAUUGGAAUGGAGAUCGACAACAACAACGUGAAAGGAGAUAAAGUGGAAGCAUUGGUUAGGGAAUUGAUGGAAGGAGAGAAAGGGAAAGAGAUGAAGAAAAAGGCCAUGGAGUGGAAGGAGCGUGCUGAGAAUGCUACAAAACCAGGAGGGUCUUCGUACGAAAAUUUAGACAAACUGUUCAAUGAAAUUCUUCUUGAUAACUACUGACGACCGUCCUACAGCAUGAUUUCUUCUCCAUCGUUGAAAUAUGCCUGGGACUUAAGAGCAUGUGGCGUGUGCUAAUGCACUGCAUGUUAUUGUUAUUGUUUUUAAAAUAUUUGUAUGGGAUUUAUAUAAAUCCCAAAUUUACAAAAGGAUUACUUCGCGAUUCAAAUCAAAAUGCCCGUAUAUGGUACCGUCUUUUGAGAAGGGAUGUUACCAAAGUAGUGGUUCAUUGUUUUUCCUUAGAAAGUAAUAAAAUUAGAAUUUUUUUUU